CAUGAUAUAAGCUGGUGAUGCUAACGGUGCUAGCUAUGCACCGUUAGCAUUGCUGGUGCUGACAUGUUGGUAUGGGGGACCCCGAAAAGGCUUGGUCCGGCCCUGGUCCCUUGUUCAGUUUCCUUCGGCCCUGGAGCUGUGACCCGUCUGUGGAGACGUUCCCACCGCAGCAGUGACCCUGAACGCAUCACCCGGAGGUGAACGAGGCCGGGGUCCGCUCUCUGCGCAGUCUGCGGGCUCUCAUCAUGCGGCUGGGGCUCCUGUGUCUGUGGACCGGCUGGAUGCUCCGGAGCGCCGCGUCGCAGCCUCCUCAGCCGGAGGACGGAGGCGUGCGACCCGGCGGACAGCUGCAGACCGAACCGGAGGGAGUCCGGACCGGGCUCCGGAGCCAGAGCACCGGCGAUCCGGCAGGUGGAGCCCGGAGGAGAGCAGCUCUGAGCGGACCGCGGGUUUGUGGCGGGCGAUGUUGUCUCGGCUGGACUGUGUCCCCUAAAACCAGGAGGUGCACCAAGCCCAGAUGUUUUCCUCCCUGCCGUAACGGAUCAUCGUGCGGACUUCCCAACAACUGUCUGUGCAGGAAAGGUUUCUAUGGCGUCCGCUGCCAAUUUUCCAGCGUUCCUCUUCCUGUGGGAAGGCCUCCAGAGACAUCCAGCCAUCCCGCCUCAGCUGGACCAAUCGGGUCCAGUCAGAAACCUGAACCUGCAGGUUCAUUUCAGAAGCCAUUAAACGGUAGCGACUCUGGUCCUCUGAAGUCUGGACGUCCAGCAGGUCAAGCUGAGGGCAUGAAGGGGGAUCCAGGAGCCCUGAGGUCUCUGAACCGAACGUCUUCCGGAAGCACAGCUCUGACGAGGGCAGAUCCAGAUCCAGAGAGGCAAAGCUCAGAUUCAGAACAUGUCCUGGAGUCGAAGCUCCAAACUAACAGCGAAAACAGGAACCAACUGAGAUCUGAGUCCCUGGAGCUGCAAGCAAGUCUGGAAGUUGAAGAGGACGAGGAUCCGACUGGAGCAGAGAGGAGACCAGAGGAGACGAAGAGGCAGAUCCCGAGUCUGAGGGAGGCCCAGUCCGUUCUGCUGAGAAACUCUUUAUCACAAGGAGGAAGAGGAGGCAACAUGGCCGCCCUGCUGAUGAAGCACAUAACCAGAGAGAAGAGGAAGCUACACACACUGACCUCUUCAUCCUCCUCCUCCUCUUCACCAACGACCAUGAGGGCCUUCCAGAACCAGAGGGGUCGGGUCGACUCCCACCUCGCUGCUCCUGAAGUCCUCUGCCCGCUGCUGUGUAAGAACGGCGGCCUGUGCCUGCAGACGGACCGGUGCCUCUGCCCCGCUAACUUCACCGGGAGGUUCUGCCAGAUUCCCGUCCCGCCCCCCGGCGCCGCCUCCACCAAUGAGAUCGUCCGGCCGCCGCCGCCCUCCUCCGCGGCGGCCAAUCAGGAGCUGAUGCGGUCGGAGUUCCUGCUGCCGCUCGGCCAGAACCGGGCGCCGCCGUCCGCAGACCCCCGCAUGGUAAAGGUCAGAGUUCAGCACCCCCCAGAGGCCAGCGUGAAGAUCCACCAGGUGAUGAAGGUGUCCGGAUCCAGCCCGGCCCUGCGGACCCUCUCCUCCUCCUCCUCCACCUCCUCCUCCUCCUCUUCCUCCUCCUCCUCGUCCUCCUCGGGUUCGGCUGGCGCUCCGGCUCCAGCAGGUGGCGCUAGAAUCCAGGCCCAGACUCUGAGGGGCGGCGGUACCUACAACCAGCAGUCUGGCUUCAAGUACUGCUUCAGAGAGGUGAAAGACGGACAGUGCAGCUCUCCACUUCCUGGGCUGAGGAGCAGAGAGGUGUGCUGCAGGGGAGUCGGGAAGGCCUGGGGUCUGAGCGACUGCAGCCUCUGUCCUGAAGCUCCAGGUCAAAGCAACAGCAGCUGUCCUGUUGGCUUCGAGCGAACCAAUGGAACGCAGUGCGUCGAUGUGAAUGAGUGCCUGCAGCCGGGGCUGUGUGAGAACGGCAUCUGUGUGAACACCAGGGGGAGCUAUAGCUGUGUGUGUCGGUUGGGGUUCAUCCUCGACGCCACACAUGGAAUCUGCAUCUCGCAGAGCGUGAUUUCAGAGGAGAAGGGUCAGUGCUACCGGGUCCUGGGCUCGAGUCGGGGUCCGUAUUCCUGCUCCCUGCCCAUCGUCCGGAACAUCACCAAACAGAUCUGCUGCUGCAGCCGGGUCGGGAAGGCCUGGGGGCCCGACUGCGUGCGGUGCCCCUUCUUCGGUUCAGUUGCCUUUAAGGAGAUCUGUCCGGCCGGCCCGGGUUACCAUUACUCGGCUUCGACUCUGCAGAUCAGCCAAAGAGCGGACGGCGAUUCGACGGGCCGAGAAUCCCUGCUGACGGCGCAGGACGGCUCAGAUCCGGUUCCUGGGUCCAGCGGUGCUGGAACCUCCAGUUCUCAGCAGAGACCCAGUUCAUCCGGGUCAUCGUCUGGUACCAGAACCGGUCCAGUCCAGUCCCAGAUCCAGGUCCCUGCUCAGCCAGGUGUGACCGCCGGUUCCAGACCGACGCCCCCUGCUGGUUCUGCAACCCGAACUGCUCAGGCCCGACCGGAGGUCCAACAUGGCCGACCGGAGGUCCAACAUGGCCGACCGGAGGUCCAACAUGGCCGACAGGAGGUCCAACAUGGCCGACNGGAGGUCCAACAUGGCCGACCGGAGGUCCAACAUGGCCGACCGGAGGUCCAACAUGGCCGACAGGAGGUCCAACAUGGCCGACAGGAAAUCCAAAAUGGCCGAUUGGACUCGGCUCUGGCGAGGCCGCAGGCGUUGCCGUCCUCUGGAUCGCAACCCAACCCGGCGCCGGUACCAGCGGACUCUCUGCCGACCCCGGUCCCGCCCCGGACCUCGGAGCGCGGGUCCAGACCUGGACCAGAACCGCCCGGUCCGGAGAGACGGCCGGCUGCGAGCCCAACCAGCCGGCCCGCCAGAGUCCAGCCUGUCCGUGGUGUGUGUCAGAUCAGACCAGGUGUGUGUGAGCGUGGCCGCUGCGUGGAUCAGCCAGGUGGGAAACACACCUGUGAGUGUGAUGAGGGAUUCCAGCCCAACGCUCAGCGGAGUCGCUGCUUCGAUGUGGACGAAUGUCAGCAGAAUCCCUGCAGUAACGGGCGCUGCGAAAACUCCCCAGGGAGCUUCAGGUGUGUCUGUUACCAUGGUUACAGGCUGGCUGGGAACACCUGUGAAGACGUGGAUGAGUGCGUGGAUCCGCUGCGGUGUCCGGGUCAGGAGUGCGUCAACAUGCCGGGUUCGUUCCGCUGCUCGCCCUGCCAGCCGGGAUCUCGGCUGCUCAACGGGAUCUGCACAGACAUCGACGAGUGCCGGCAGUCCCCGUGCUCCGGCGGCCUCUGCGAGAACACGGCCGGCAGCUUCCGCUGCGUCUGUCGCCACGGUUACCGGCUCCAGAACAACACCUGUACAGACGUGGACGAGUGCGCGGAGCCGUCUCAGUGUCCGGGCCAGAUGUGUGUGAACUCUGUGGGGUCGUACAGGUGUGUGUCGUGUCGUCCAGGAUACACACUGACCAACAGGCAGUGCACAGACGUGGAUGAGUGCGCGAGCGCCGGAGCGUGUGACGCGGAGCAGGUGUGUGUGAACAGCGUGGGCUCGUUCAGGUGCGACUGUCGCCCCGGUUACUGGAGCUCCGGCCUGGGCAGGCGGUGCGCAGACGUCAACGAGUGUUUGGAGGGAGACUUCUGCUUCUCCAGAGGGGAGUGUGUGAACACACCUGGAUCAUACACCUGUGUGUGCUCACCUGGGUUCACGCUGAGCGAGAACAGGACGGCCUGCCUCGACGUGGACGAGUGUGUGAGGCCUGGUGUGUGUUCGGACGGCCGCUGUGUGAACACCGACGGCUCCUUCCAGUGUCGGUGUGACUCGGGCUUCAGCGCCGACCCGGAGCAGACCGCCUGCCUCGACGUGGAUGAGUGUGUGUCCAGCGGCGGCUCCGUUUGCCCGUCGCGGCGGUGUGAGAACACCAUCGGCUCGUUCCGCUGCCUCGCCACCUGCCAGCCGGGUCAGCGGGUCGCCGCCGACGGCUCGUGCGUCGGGCCGCCCGUGUCCUCGCAGCCCGCAGCACCACGGCUCCCAUCGUCUGUUUCAGAGUCCGGGUCCCGCCCUGAGUCCACACACUCCUCCUCUUCCUCCUCCGGGUCCCAGAUCAGUGCAGUGGAUGUUUCUGCGGUUCUGCCGCGCCCGUCUGCGGCGCAGCCCGGUGAACUGAGGGACUGCUACUACAACCUGGCGGCAGGCGGCUGCAGCCUGCUGGCGGCCAACACCAGCCAGCAGGAGUGCUGCUGCACCGCGGGGGAGGGCUGGGGGCGGGGCUGCCGCGCCCACACCUGCCCCGCCGCAGACACAGCUGACUUCCUGUCCCUGUGUCCCAGUGGGAGGGGCUACGUGACGGCGGGAUCGGGCGCCUUCAGCUACACAGACGUGGACGAGUGCAAGCGCUUCCAGCCCGAGGUGUGCAAGAACGGCGUGUGCGUGAACAACAUCCCGGGCUACAGGUGCUACUGCUCCAGCGGCUUCGUCUACAGCGCCGCCCUGCUGGAGUGCAUCGAUUACGACGAGUGUGAGGAGGAGAGCUGCGUGGGCGGCGUGUGUGUGAACACGGUGGGGUCGUUCUACUGCAGCUGCCCGCCGCCGCUGGUGCUGGACGACACGCAGAGGAACUGCGUCAACGCCUCGCACCUCACCAUGGAUGAGAACCUGUCCUUGUGCUGGCAGCACGUCAGCGCCGACCUGCUGUGCCAGAGUCCUCUGCUGGGGGCGCAGGUCACCUUCAUCGACUGCUGCUGCUUCUACGGCGAGGGCUGGGGGAUGGGCUGCGCCCUCUGCCCCGCCACAGACUCAGAGGACUACGCCUCUCUGUGCAGCUCCUACUCUGCUGCGGCGUUCCCGGGAAGCUUCCCAGACUCCGCCGGACCAGAAACCGGGCCGGGGCGAGGAGCUGCUCCCUACAGUCCGGAGUUCUUUCCUGCAGCGCCGCUUCCUGGCAGAGAUUUCAGUCAGGACUACGACGACUACUCGCCAGCAGGGGGCAGCAGGUCCGGCUUCAGGGCCAGGCCGCCUGUCUCCUUCGCCCCGCCGGACGACGCCUACGGCGGCUCCGAGUUCAGCCCCGGUUUCUACCCAGAGGGAGACUACGGCUCCGCACCCAGGACGCCCGCCUUGCGACUCCCUCCGGACCCCCGGUCCGACAUCGCCUUCAUGGCGCGGCCUCUGCCUCCGUCCAGACCCGACCAACCGCCGCUCAGCCUGGCGCCGCGGCCCGGACCGCCGUACGACGACCGGGAGGAGGGCGGGGACUUGAGGGGGUGGAGGCCGGGGGCGGGGCUUCCUCCGUUCAUCGACAGAGGAGAAGGCGGGGGCGGCGGGCCACAGAGGGUCUAUGAGAGGCGCUACGAGACGCACGCCAGCCUGAGUGCCGCCGAGGAUUGUGGGAUUCUGCACGGCUGUGAGAACGGCCAGUGCAUCCGCGUUGCCGAGGGUUACACCUGCGACUGCUACGCGGGCUUCGAGCUGGACCUGACGUCCAUGAGCUGCAUCGACAUUAACGAGUGCGAAGACGCUGCUGCGCUGCCGUUCCCAUGCGUCAACGCUCGCUGCGUCAACACGGAAGGCUCGUUCCGAUGCGUCUGCAGGAGAGGAUACGUCAUGUCGCGCAGACGCAACCACUGCAUCGCUGCUUAGACCCGGCAGGACCUGCGACCCGGCCGAACUGCCAGCAGCUCACUGGACUGCCACUCUGUUGUGGAAAAUGUAUUAAUUACAUGAGCUGCGAAAAGCAGGAGUUUUUAUAAAAUUUUAAUUUAAAUCAUUGGUCGAUUCCUUAACAGAACCAUGAAGCAGCAGGUUGCUGACCUCUGACCUUUAGCAGGUGGAAUGACACUGAACCGAAGUAUUCAGUUCUUUCUGUUUGCACUAAACCGACCGAAGUCAGAAGAGCUGGUUUAACAUCUUCCACGAUAAACAGAAUCUCACGCUGGUCUCCGUCUAAAGGCUCAUCAACGUUCAGAAAACUUUUCCUUUCCAAUCCUGGACAGUUUUAUUUAUUUCACUGCCAAAAUAUAACAAAGAUGGAAGAAACGGCUUCAAAACGAGGCUGUCGGUGCGUAGAAACGUCCACCAAAGUAAAACGGGAAGAUUUAUCCAGUUAGAAGAAACAGGAGACGUAGCAAACCGGCACCAUAAGGAAGGAUUUAAAAGCUUUCUGUGGUGAGUCUCAAACAAUUCCUGAGACAAAAUCUGUUAUUCAAACCACUAACAUUUAAUUUUUUAAGUCAAUUUUAGUCUCAACUUUCAUUUCCAAUAAUCUUGAGGAUUAUCAGGAUCCUGAGAGAUUUUCCUGCUGUGUGUUCAGGGAUCUGAGCCGCUCUGAAGGAACUGCUCCAAUCUGAAAUCAGGGAUAUUCAUCCUAUCGGAUCAUCUUGGCGCGGUAUCGCAUCGUGCGGCGUCAAACGAGAACGCAGCAGUCUGUUGCAUCUAGCCAAUCAGAAACACAGAGAUGGAUCUAAAACAGCUGCCGUGGCGCGGCAGAAGGUCCCGUGGUGUUGGAGAUCAUCAGAGAUCUCUGUGUAUCGUUGUUUUAUCUUUUAAAAUAAUCCACAACCCAUCAACACAGGACCAAAGCUGUUAUACCUACAAAGUUUUAUCGUCUGAAUUUCUAAACCUUGCCGUGUGAAGCAGGCAUUGUGUGUAGUUUGUGCUCCUGUUCUGACCAGCAUUGUUGCUCUGAGGCCACCUGAUGUCAACAGCACUGAAUUUCUCUCAACUUGUUUGGAUUCAUCAUGUUAACAUUUCAAAUCUGAACAAAAGCAGAUUAGGAGUGUUGAUAUAAAGCAAAGUGGCCUUUCUACAGCCCAGAUUUUAAUAAAUAAACUUUAUUUACUUUCUUACUUGCAGAUUAAACAACAUUAACGAUAAUAAAUCAGGUUGGUGGUUGAAACCUGCAGGGCUCAUAGUUUGUCUUCCUGAGGACAUUCAUGGGCUGAACGUCAAUCAUAUGAAGCAGAUUCAGACUGACGGAGCUCAACGUUUGCAUCAUAUAAAGUAAUGUUUCCAUUUCCUGUUUUAAAUUAGUUAUGUAUUCAUUCGUAGAUCAAACAUUUCAUCCCAAAUGACUGUUUUAGUUUCUAGUCACAUGAUCCACGGGAAGAGGCUUGGAAUGGACCAAAUUUAAUAUCGUUAACAAGAGAAGUUGAUACAAAAAACAAACAAUUUUAACAACAAUAGAAUUCAAAGCUUCAGAUGUUUAAUAAAAACUUUACGUUUUAAGAAAGAUUCAUGCAGAUGUUAAAGUUUAAGGCAAUACAAUAUCUUAUAGUUUUUAAUCAAAUAUUUUAAUGUUGGUUCUGCUCAACCUAAACUUAUUUAUAUAAAAAUUAAAGCACUCACUGUUAGCCCUCAACAUCAGGUAACCAGGUAAUGCUAACAAAGAUUUAAAUAUCAGUUGAAAUGAAGUCUAGUUGCUAAUAUUUAAUUGUUUCUAAGGUUGUAGUGUUUUUUUUAUUUUCAAUACACCAAAGUCAUUUAUUGGUAAGCAAUGAGUAGCUAAAUAUAUGUUGUUUAAUUUCUACCUGUUAUUAGCUAACAUAUAAAACCAGGUAGUAUUAACAUUAAAGAGUUCCUUAGCAUUCAGUCCUUUCAGCUGUAAAUGGUUGAAAGGAUUGAAAUCUUAAGGUCUAAAAUCAAAGCUGCAGCAGCUGAAAUACUUGGGAAAAACAUUUAGAGAUCAACCACUAACUAUUGAAAUGAGCCGUUUGGUUUGUUUAUUAGCUUAUAGCUGUUUGGCUGUAGUUAGCUCAGAUGCUAAUAAGCAAGCUAAACGUGUUACUGUCAAAACAAACACUUUUGGGCUUGAACGUUACCUUUGUAAAACCUUUUAAAUGGCUUAAAAGUGUGUCAUUUUGAAUAUGAUUAGUUUUUCUCCUAACAGUUGGCACCAGUGCUCAUCAGUUAGCAAGUGUUAUUUAAUCUAAAAAAUCUAAUAUUCUAAUAUGUUCACGCCUUUAUUAUUCCACUAAGACAAUUUUUUCUGAAAAAUAAUUAGUUACACUUUUGUAGUAGCGCUACUUGGCUAGCAGCCUCCCGCUUAGCGUCAGAUGAGCUUCCAGACCAAAAGCAGAAAGUUGUGACUGAACUCUGUUCACCAUGGUGACGUUUCAAAGAGUAAAACAUCACAACUUUCAAAUCAGAUCUCAUUUAAAUUGCUGAAUUGUAAAUAGUUCUGGCUGUUUUUACUACCUAGCAUAUUAGCUAGCUUGAUUUUAGCCACCUGUGUUUAUUUCUAAGUAAAUGCAAUGCUCUUGGUUUUUGUAGUUACUAGUCCAAAUAUAAUUUUUACUGUAUAUGUACUUAUUUCAACUUCAUUUUAUUUUAAAUGAUUUUUUAAUUAACAUUUUUAAUUAAACUUGUUGUACAGAAUUAAAUAUGAACAGAAAGUCCACCAAAUAUUCAACUUAUUUGUUAAAUAUUUGUAUUACAUUUUCAGUGGAAAACAGUGAUAUAGUUUAAUUUCUGUUUUCAGUUGGAUUUAUGAUGUUCAGCUCUCAUUUUGAUGUGCUUGUAGUAUUUUUUCCACAGCAGAAGUUUGAAAUGAAAAUGAAAUGUGUAUAAAACUUUCCUUUAUGUGAUGUUAUGCUAAAUCAAGUGUCAUAAGCUUUAUUUUUCCUCUUCAGCACAUGAAGGUUCAAGUAAAACAUGCACUGUAUCUGCCAACUUCCUCACAGUGGGUUUCAUAACCAAUCUGAAACCAUGUUUUUGGUUUUUAAAUGGUUUUAUUUUAAAGUUUGAUAAAAACGUUUUUGUAUUAUUGUUUCUUUGACAAGGACUGCAAAUACAUUUGCACACAUUAACUCUUA